UUACCAUUCUCUUUUUAAUUAUCUCCGCCCCUUAUAAUAUUCCUUUCUCAUACAACAAAGUUGGCGAAGCUUCAAAACCCUUCAAGAGGAAAAUUUUGCGGAAGACAAGAGACCAUCUUUUUGACAUUAUAUGUUUGUUGAAUCUUUAUCAAUGGCAGAAAAGUUUGUAGAAGAUGAGAAUGUGGAGGUCGAGCUCGAGCUCGAGCUAUGUCUUUCCCUGGGAGGUCCUUUCAAGAAAACGGAGAAAUCUAAAACAUUUGGACAAUCUAACGCCGUCGGAUUCGAGAAGGAUAACGGCGUUAAUCUUGACGGCAGAACGACGAAUGUGACGAGGAUAAAGGAAACACGGAAGAAGCGGGAGGCGAAGCAGCAGCAGAGAAGCGGAGAAGAAGGAGAGUGCAAGAGGAUCAGAACAGAAUAUAACGGAGUUAGUAACGGCGAUGAUAUGGAUUUGAGCUCUAUCAACAUGUGUAACGGUUACGGGUCGGGUCGACUCAAGGAAAGCAGUAAAGACGUUACGAUUGGGUCACCCAUUUGCACCUCCUCCUCCGUAUCCGAUCCUAGCAGCUCUUCUCGCCAAGAAGGUGGAAGUGGCGACAUUGGGGCACAAUCUGGCCAAACCAAACAGGUUAGAUCUCCGGUUAACAACAUUCUGACCGGUACAGAGCAAACCGUGCAUAACACAGACGGUUCAAAAGACGCGGAGACCCAAGAAUGGUCCAACUCUUCUGUAACCAAAGAGAGUGGGAAGCCGCCAAAACCGCAUACCAACAGUAACGGUAACGGCAGUUUGCUUCCGUUUGCUCAGAUGCCUUGCGUGACUAGCACCGGUAACGGUCCCGAGGGCAAAACCGUAAAUGGUUUUCUAUACCGUUACUCAAAAUCAGAGAUCAGUAUAAUCUGCGUCUGCCAUGGAACGUCUUUCUCGCCGGCUGAGUUCAUCGUUCACGCCGGUGGGACUAAUGUGUCGCAUCCGUUGAGGCAUAUAACCGUUGUUCCCUCAACUUUGUGAACUACAAAUUUACAUAUUUUGUUACUCUUUUUGUCUCGUUUUUGUGUAUAUAAGUUUCACCGAUGGACGUUUUGAGUUCGAAGGGACUCUCCAUCCAUGAUUUUCUUAGAGUUUUGUUUUUCCUUGACAUUUUUCAACUAAUUUUACACUUAAUUUGUUGCAUUGUCUCUCUUAUUAACGUAUCAGUAAAAGUGAAGAAUUCGUGUA